AUGGCGACCUCCAUAUCAGACAAAAUCUACAGAUACUGCACAAGUCCUGCCAGUGUCUCAUCUCAACUUGCGCAGGAACCCUCUCAAGAGCCUGCGCGUCUUGCUGAUGGUCUUUAUGGCGGACAACAUGAAGCCAUCACCGAAGAAGAGACUCCCUUCCGACAGCCGACGAGUCUUGAAGAGCUUGAGCGCGCGCGAGAGUGCGGCAAUUGGGGCGGCUCUGAGCCGAGCAAGCUUUUUCUACAAUGCUACCAUGCAGCACUGUGCUCACUCGAGAAUGACCCACUCGCUGGGAUGAUAAGUCCCAGUUUGAUGGGCAGCAAUGGAGUGUUACCGAUCACUAUCGUCGCACCGGUGCCUGACAUUUGUCGGCACAUGGCAAACCUGAUCGUACGCGCAGAAAAGGAAGUCUUCCUCGCAACAAACUACUGGAUUGCUUCUGGCGCGGCAUCAAUCAUCACAGACGCCAUCAAGGAGCUCUCCAGACGAGCCGGCGAGCGCGGAGAGAGAGUAACUGUCAAGAUCAUGUAUGAUCGCGGAAACAUCAAGCAAGUGGUCGACAACCAUCAGAUGGUGUCGCCGGCGCAGUACACCGCAGAAGCAGUGCGACUACCGGCCCCUGAAGAGAUUCCGCACAUCGACAUGGAGGUCCAGAACUAUCACCGUCCAAUGCUAGGAACUUUCCACUCCAAGUUCAUGGUUGUUGAUCGGAGAAUGGCUGUGGUGCAGAGCAACAACAUCCAGGAUAACGAUAAUUUGGAGAUGAUGACGCAUAUUGAGGGCGAGAUUGUGAAUGGAGUUUACGAUACGGCGCUGCUCGCUUGGGCAAAAUGUUUCGAUCCUCCGCUACCGACUCUAAACAGUCCGGCAAGCAACGCAGAUGUAGUGACGUUUCGCGAUCCCUCCUUCCAGGCUUUUUUUGACGAAACUGGUACUUAUCAAGCGCGUCGAGACAGUCUCGUUAAGCUGGAUUCCGGCACUGGCAACCACGACUUUCCAUUGCCAGCACAGAGUCCCGGAUCACUCGAUGCGAAUAUUGGUGCUGAGAUGGAACGAAUGCAGGCAGUGCUCUCCCCAAUCAACGGGGAGAAGCGAAUGGACGCAGUGGCGCGCCACCUCAACCUCGCAACAAAACUGAACCGCAAAAGCACAGCACCAGAAUGCGCCCCGGAAGACAUCAUGACCCUCGUCCACGCCCACAAGCCCCACGCUCCCUUCCCCAUGGCCCUGGUAAACCGCCGACCCUGGGGCGCCCCGAACCACUCCUGCGCUACGGCCCCCCAGAACGAAGCCUGGCUCGCCGCUAUCCGCAACGCGCAACGCACCAUCUUCAUCCAAACCCCCAACCUUAAUGCCGGGCCCCUUCUCCCCGCGCUCCGCGACGCAGCCGUCCGUGGCGUCCAGGUCACGUACUACGUCUGUCUGGGCUACAAUGAUGCGGGCGAACUGCUGCCGUUCCAGGGCGGCACGAACGAGAUGGUGGCGAGUGAACUAUACGGAAGUCUGAGCGCGUCACAUAGGGCGAAUCUAAGAGUGUACUAUUAUGUGGCUAAAGAUCAGGUUAUGCCAAUCCAUAAUAAGGCUAAGGCGAGGAGCUGCCACAUCAAGCUUAUGAUCGUCGACGAGCAGGUUGGUAUCCAGGGCAACGGUAAUCAGGAUACGCAAUCCUGGUUCCACUCGAUGGAGGUCAAUAUCAUGGUUGACUCGCAAGAAGUGUGCAGAGAUUGGAUGGAGCUGUUGAGGAGGAAUCAAAAUACCCAUUUGUACGGACUGGCGUCGCAGGAGGACGGUAUUUGGAGGGACCAAGAGGGCAAGGAAGUGGAAGGUGCGAUUGGUAAGGAUCCUGGACGGUUCUCCUGGGCUAAAGGUGUUGCGGGUGCUGUUCAGCGGGUGAGAGGAGCUGGCGGUUUUUGA